AUGUUGUGUGCAGAACGCAACUACAACUGGCUCACUACGCCACUCAAUCCCCAGGACUCCUUCAUUCCCCGGUACGAGUCCCCGCGCUCGGCAGAAGCAAGUGACCAAGAACAGGGUUGGCAACCUCGGGAAGGCUGGUCCACCAAAUCUGUCUUGGGGAUCACAGCGACCUGCACUAAUCCCACGACCACGCCUCCCUACCCCAUCAGAACGAUGUGGGGUAGGCCUGCGCUUACGUUACCAUGGGAUGCAAGCAUGUUGUACUGGGAACCGUAA